AUGGAUGUUAUUGAGCUUGAAGCUCAGACGGGAUUACGUUUUUCGUGGAAUGUUUUUCCGCCAACCCGGGCUGAAGCGACCAAAAUUGAGCUUCCUCUUGGAGGACUGUACACCCCCUUGAAGGCAAGUCAACAUUUCAACUAUUUGAUCACUGUUUUCGUCAGGAUUGUAAUAACGCCCCAAUUAGAGUAUGAACCUUUAAGAUGUCGUCAAUCUGGUUGCGUACUCAAUCCGUAUUGCCAAAUUGAUAAAAGAAACAAAACAUGGAUUUGUCCAUUUUCGGGAAUCCGAAAUCCGUUUCCCCCUAAAUACGCAGAACACAUUGCGGACGAGCGUCUUCCCCCCGAGCUGGUUUUUCCAACUGUUGACUACAUUCUCCCUGCUCAUUCUGGCGGAAUCGUUCCAGCUCCUUCGUUUUUGUUCGUUGUUGAUACGUGUUUGUUCGAAGAGGAGCUCGAUACCUUGAAGGAUUCGUUACAACAAGUUCUCAAUUUCGUCCCACAAGAUUCAAAUAUUGGAUUGAUUACUUAUGGGGCGAUGUGCCACGUUCAUGAAUUGGGUAAGAUCACACAGUCGAUUGCAAUUCUAUCAGAAUUUCAGGAUUCCUGGAUUGUCCCCAAAUCGUACGUGUUUAGAGGGAGCAAGCCAGCUGGACACCAGGAAGUUCAACAGCAGCUCGGGUUAAUCUCUCGAGAUCCGCGCGGAGGAGCAGGAGGAGCAGCUGCGCGACGUUUUUUGCUCCCGAUUUCGGAGUGUGAAUUUGCGUUUAAUGCAAUUCUAGACGAUCUUCAGAAGGAUCAAUGGCCUGUCCCAACAGAUCAUCGAGCUGAACGGUGCACUGGUGUCGCUCUCAGUGUUGCUCUUGCUCUUCUGGAGAGCUGCGCGACGCAACAGAGUGGACGUGUGUUGCUUUUUACGGGUGGUGUCUGUACAAGCGGUCCUGGUCAAAUUGUUGGGACAUCCUUGAAUGAAGUAAUUCGUCAUCAUCUCGAUCUUCAAAAGGAAACUGAAAACGCAAAAUAUGUAAAAAAAGCGCUUCGGUAUUACACUGAAUUGGCUGAUCGAGCAGUCGCAGCUGGUCACGCUGUUGACAUUUUUGCGUGUUCUCUUGACCAAGUUGGAUUGUAUGAGAUGCGAGUCUGUAGCGACAAAACUGGUGGAUUCGUCGUCAUGAGCGACUCAUUCAGCAUGAAUGUUUUCAAAGAUUCAUUUCGUAAAAUAUUCGAAGCAGAUUCAACUGGAUAUUUGCAGCAUGCCUAUAACGCUAAAUUGGAAGUUCUCUGCUCCAGGGAGCUCAAGGUUUGCGGAGCGAUUGGGAGUUGCACGUCGACCGGAAAGAAGGGUCUUCAAGUCGGCGAGACGUGCGUUGGAGAAGGAGGAACAUGCGAAUGGGUGAUUCCUGCUCUUGAUAAGAGAACAACUCUCGCAUUCUAUUUUGAAGUUGUAACGCAAAAUCAAUCACAAGUUCCUCCAUCGCGUCAAGCCUUUCUUCAAUUUCAAACACUUUAUCACCAUCCAAGUGGAAGACGACGUCUCAGAGUGUCAACGGUGUCCCAUCGAUUCGGAGAACCCGGAUCGCACGAUCUUGUAUCAGGAUUCGAUCAAGAAGCCGCUGCAGUUCUCAUGGCGCGUUUGGCUGUUUUCAAAACAGAACAAGAGGAUUGUUUAGAUGUCUUGAGAUGGUUGGAUCGCAAAUUGAUUCGGCUGGUUAGCCGUUUCGCCGAUUAUCAAAAAGAUGAUCCAGCGACGUUCCAUUUGGGACAAGAGUUUUCGAUUUAUCCCCAAUUUAUGUAUCAUCUACGUCGUUCUCACUUUCUCCAGACCUUUAACGCGAGUCCUGACGAGACUGCGUAUUACCGCACAGUUCUCUUGCGUGAAAAUGUUCUCAAUUCUCUCGUCAUGAUCCAGCCCGCUCUAUUUCAAUACACUUUUGACGGCCCACCUAAAGCCGUUAUGCUGGACGUUCAAUCCCUUCGUCCUGAAGUCAUACUACUUCUAGACUCCUUCUUCCAUGUCGUUGUCUGGCACGGAGACACUAUCCAUUCUUGGAAGGAACAGGGAUACGAUCAAUCUCCCGAAUUUCAGAACUUCAAAGAAUUACUCGAGGCCCCGCAAAAAGACGCGAAGGCCCUGCUAGAGGACCGAUUCCCGGCACCAAAAUUCGUGGUUUGCAACGCUGGCGGAAGUCAAGCGCGCUUCCUUCUAGCGAAGGUGAAUCCGUCAGCCACCCACAACACCAUGGCAGAAAUGAACGAUGGGGGGUAUGGAGGACAACCGGUUGAUGCGUCAAAUUACGUUAUAACGGAUGAUGUGUCCUUAAAAGUGUUUAUGGAGCAUUUGAUCAAACUAGCUGUACAGUCUUGA